AUGAGAUUCCAAGACUUCCUCAUCCCUCUAGCCCUCCUCUUAUAUUCCACUUCAGCUGUGGACGAUAGUUCCUUCUGCGAGGAAAUCCUCACCACGCUCCGUGAAAACCUGGAGUCCCUGUCUCCAGCCCUGCAACUAUCUCUCGAUAACAUCCACGCAAAUUAUGCAGAGCUCACCAAGGCAGGUAUCCAGCCCAAUAUUGAAGAAUACGUGCAGAAAGCCAUGACCGUUCUGGUCCAAUUUGAUGAACUCUUUCAGAUGCCAGAGAAAACUGCGGAGAUUGCCACCACUGAAGCUCCGGCCAGAGCUAGGAAGCGUGCUUCCCCUUCCAAGCGCAAGCAAAGUCUUACUUCUAUUGUGGAGCAUGUUGCUAGUCUUGUAAAUCCGAUUGCGUAUGGGGUUCAAUGUGGCCUAGAAAAGGGAGCUGAUAAUGUCAAAGCGGCCGUUCAGAGUGCAGGGGCUUCCCUGGACCAAGAGUCAAAUGGAAUCGCUGACGUUGCUGGAUGUGCCACUGCUGGCUUGGGCAAUACAGUGGGAACCGUUCCAAGGUAUAUUAUCACGCUUGCCAAGGCAUUAAGUUCUGGAUCAAGCCCACUUGCUGGAACCAUUUUUGGUGAAAACUCAGGUUAUGACUCAGAUUGA